AUGGAGAGACACAGGGAGAUCAAGGAGGUAGACUUCUUCUCCGAGAGACGGACCGGCGGCGGAGAUGACUCCCACGAUCGCCGGCGAUGCUCCAGUGACCACAAGGAUCCGUCGGUUUCAGGCGUCAAUGUAAGAGGCGCGCAACUACACCCACACAUACACACACACACACACACACAUAGGGAGAGAUAUGGGAAUGGGGGGAAAUUGAUUAUGUCUCGAGGUGGGCAUCUCAAUCGAAGAUAUCUUAUGAAGAACUGACGAGUACUCAUAUCACCAAUCUCGCAGACCAGGCUUCACCUUCGGACGGUUAAUUAUGAGAUUGGAGGAGAAGAACGAGCCAGAUCUGAUCUCCAGGUGCGUCGAAACUUUCUUCGGCAGGGAUUUACCAGACCCAGUUUUUAUUAAUUAUCAGAUCGAUCUAAUUUUUUUCCUUCCGAAACAUCAGAUUAUCCGAUCCUGGAUGUGUUGACGCUGAAGAUCGCAUGUUACUUGUAACCCAUGGCAGCUGACGACCCUCCAGGAUGAGCUUAGCCGAUUAUCCGAGGAGAACAGGAGGCUGAAGGGCAUGGUGGAGAAGGUCACAAAGGAUUACAGUGCCCUCAAGUGUCAGUUCUUCCUUGUCAAGCAGCAGAACACUAAAGAAAACAGCCAACCCAAAGUACGUCUGAUUCUGUCAUUUAUGUUUUUCUUUCAGAUUUUUUUUGAAUGAUGUUUAUUGGGGGACUCACUUUUUGGAUUGUGGUUUCUGCGGUCGUUAGUGCAUUCACGCGAGUUUGGGAAAUGUUUCGAGGUUCCCCGAAAGAAUCUCACACUUUCUUUUCUUUCUUUCCUUCAUUUUAUAUGUGUAAUUUACAUGGUUCCCCAAAAAUGAAUCUCUCUCCCUCUCUCUCACACCCUCCAUAUAAAGUUUUUGGGCAGAUUUCCAUUUUAGCUCGUAACUAGGAAACUUUAUUACAUUCCAUGAAGUUUUAGCUUAUUCUCCUCUCUCUCUCUCUCUCUCUCUCUCUCUCUCUCUCUCUCUCUCUCUCUCUCUCUCCCUCUCUCUCUCUCUCUCUCUCUCCCUCUCUCUCUCUCUCUCUCUCUUGUAUUUUCCGUUGGCGAUUAUUCAAGUGGUUGAUCUCAUAACAACAAAGGAUGAAAUUAUGACCGAUUAUCCCGAGAAAUCAACUGGAUUUGACUGAAUUUGAGAGGAAAAUUCGUUUGCCCUUACCUGUUUCUUAGUUUAUCAUUCUCUUCGACCUCUUGCACCGUCUGCUCCAGAUCGGAAGUCUUCAUGAAGAUUUCGAAGAUCGGAAACCGCUAGUCGCUCAGGGUGGGGCGUAUAUUAUCUCCUCGUGUGGACCAGGGUCCGGGUUUGGACUGCCACAUUAUAUAAUAUUUCUUACAAACAGGAAUCAUGACGUUUAUAUGAUCAAUGAUUUUUGUUACACAUUCCAGUUAUCAGCGUUGGUUUUAGAGAAGUUGGGCUUUCGAGGGAAAGCGGCGUAUGAUUCACUCAUUAAAGCUCGUAUGAUUCACUCAUCAGUUCACCGUGGAAAGCGGCGCCGCCGACCCCUCCGACGUCGAAGACAGAGACCCGUCGCCGUCCUUGACUAACAGUGCUGACACGGCAUCCAAGGGCCACCAACUCACCGCCGCCAAGAGACAUCUCUCUUUCGACGGCCUCUCCUACGACGCACUGUCGGAGAAUGAUAAGAUCCCGAAUGUAGCAAACGACGGCGCCGCCGAGAUGCGCUGCCGCCGGGCGAGAGUCUGCGUGAGGGCUGUAUCAGAAGCGCCCUUGGUCAGCCCUCGCUGCUCAUCAUUCCCAUUCUUCAUCUUUUUACUCCCUGAAAUGGCCACCACUGGUCAGCUCUGUUGUCUGGCUCUUCACUUAUUGGUACUGGUGGGGAUCUUCUCUCAGAUAAGCGACGGAUGCCAAUGGAGGAAAUAUGGGCAGAAGAUGGCGAAGGGGAACCCCUGUCCGCGGGCUUACUACCGGUGCACCAUGGCAGCCGGCUGUCCUGUUCGUAAACAGGUAAGAUAAUCUUCAGUUAUAAUAGUCCUAGAAAAACGAUGAACGAACAAAUAUAUGACCCUUUUGUAGUCAUUGUAUGUUGACUUCCGGGUAGUUGAUCUAUUUAUUUGACUCCGUGUUGUCUAUUUGAACCAUGCACCCCUAGCUUUGACAUUACACUGAGGAUAUCAGCCUAUUAAAUUGGCCUUUGAAGGGUGCAAGUGAGAUGUAGAAUAUGUAUUGAACAGUCCCACACUGAUUAGUAGAUUGAAAUAUUAUGAUGAAAAUAAAUCGACUAGGAUUUGAGUCGAAUAUCUUCACGCUUGAACUUGGCAUUAGAGCAACUAGUUCUUAGAUCUGUGUGCCACAUACUUGUGGUCAAUGUCGUACGCCUUUGACAGUCAAACAUUAGACAUAAGAAAGAGUCUACGGUAAUAAUAAAUCCGAGAUGCAUAGAAUAUCAUACAAUGAACCGCGUAAAGGGCUGCGUUCUAUGGGAGCCCAAGUUUUGGGUUCUUGAGAAAGCAAUUAUUUUUGGACAGGUGAGACGGCCUCAUGGUUCAUGUUCAAUUUACGUCUCGUUGAGAACCUUUUCUGACGCGAGCUGCCACUAUUUCUUCUCCAUGCAAAGGCACGGAAGAUGUCCUGAUGUAAAACAAAGUCAAAUCCGUUGACGAGGUUUUUCAUCCAUGAAGCUCAUACUGUCUCCGAGUGGUUCUUACAGCCAUGCGUGUUUGGCCGUGCAGGUGCAGAGGUCUUCAGAGGACAGGACCAUCCUGGUAACGACCUACGAGGGCAGCCACAACCACCCACUUCCCCCCGCCGCCGCUGCAAUGGCAAGCACCACGUCGGCGGCCGCUGCCAUGCUCCUCUCCGGCUCCAGCACCAGCAGUGAAACUCUCCCCGCAACGGGCUUCUACCCGCCUUCCUACGCCACCACCAUGGCCACCCUCUCACCCGCCGCGCCCUUCCCUACCAUCACCCUCGACCUAACGCAGCCUCCGAAUGGGCUCAUGCCAUUCCAGCAUAACCGCAUGGCCGCCGCCAUGCCAUUCCCAUUUCAGAUGAGCCUCCCCCAGAAGCGAUUGGAAUUCCUCCCAGCGGUGCAGUUCGAUCACCAGCAAAGCUCAAUCGUAGAGACUAUAACCAGUGCCAUCACAGCAGAUCCCAACUUUACUGCGUCCUUGACCGCCGCCAUUUCUUCCAUCGUGGCUGCUCCUCGCAUCGCCAACAGCUCAAAGGGAGUACCGGAGUCACCCCAAAUUCCACAGUCCUGCACCACCUUUUCCACUAACUAG